UGAACUGUACGAUACUACAUUUUUCCAUCCUAACAGUUUUCCCACGUGCAGUUUUCCAUUCCAACCUUUUUGAUCGUGAACGAGGCGGAGAGGAUGAAAGAUUUUACGAUACAGCCCCUAGAGGACGCAGCCGCUCGUUAGCGCGCUUCGAUCGCACGCGUCAGCCCGCGCCCUGACGAGUUCCUGGCGUUGUAUUCCAAACUUCCAAUGAAGAGAGGAGUUCUUAACGACCCCGUCACCCACUACAUCCUGUUUCAACCAGAAAUCGGAACAGAAGAGACAAGCCAAGCCCCUGAUACACCAGGCGACGAUGCUGUCUAUGUGGUGGAUGAUUCGCCUGAUCAUUCUGGUGCUGUUGCCACUGAAGAAUGGCUGUCAGCAUCAGGUAGCUUUUCUGAAUGCAGCACGACAGAGCAAACUGCAAAUGACGUGAAAACGAAGAAAAAGCACUCAUUUGUUUGGGAACACUUUGAACGCCACACGUUAGACAAGUGCAGCCAAGUGUGCAAACACUGCAACAAGAGUGUACGUCUCGGAAAAGAAGGCGGCUGCAGUAAACUAGGCACCACAGCUAUGCGUCGCCACCUUGAAAUCCACCAUGCUGAUAUUUUGCCUGGUGUAUCGCCUCGAGCAAGCGCUGUGCGCACCAGAAAAUCGCAAGCUGUGAAUUUUCCAAGUGACACUGCAGUAGCCAGUGGCAGAAAGAAGAAGAGCUUGGAUGGGAGAAGCAAGCGGCAGCUUUCAUCGUCAGUUUGGCAGCACUUCGAUUAUAAUAGGAGUGACAGAUUCCUGGUAGUGUGCAGAAUCUGUAGAAUGCAAGUGCGUUUGGGAAAGGAUGGUGGCUGCAAUAGAGUGGGCACAACAGCAAUGCACAAGCAUGUCACCAUUCAUCACAAAUUCUUACUUCAGAAAAACCCCGCACUCGGGAUGAGAGAUCAGAGCCACAGCAGGAGAAGCCAGGAUAUGUCCUGCAACAUGAAAAAAGGGCCACAAACGUCACCUAUGAUUGCUACUGAACACCACAAAACAUCUGAAGCCAAGACAGAGUCCUGUGCUCCGCAUCACUUUAAUUUAAUGGCUCUAAACCACUGCUUGGCAAUGUACAUAGCUAACAGUGUCCGGCCGUUUUCAUUUGUAGAAGAACCAGCUUUUCUUGAGUUCAUGCAAUGUUGUGUGCCACAAUGGAAAGUUCCAGAUAAGGGUUAUUUUGCUAACUCUGGAGUUCCUGCACUCGCAACCAUGAUUAAAGAAGCGGUGAAGGAAGACCUGAAGACUUGUGUUGGGGGUAUGGUGCACCUAGGCACUGAGACGUGGCAGGGCCCCCACAUGUCUGACUUGGUGUCUGUUACAGCAUUCUGGGUGAAGUCUCAAGAGCCUGAACAGAAUCUUGUAAGAUGCAAGGCCGUCUUGGAUGUUGUCAAUCUUGGAGAGUCGUGCACUGUUGAAAACAUCAAUCAAGCUCUGGAGACAGCCAUUAAAAAUUGGCUACUGCCCGCGGAGCUUAGGGUAGGAAAUGUGAUUACUGAACGUUUACCCAGUGAAGCACUGUGUUUCGCAGAAAAGCAGCUGAAACAUGUCACCUGCAUGGCCCACUGUCUCAACUUUGAAGUAGAAAACCUACUCUUCACGUUUCAUAGUAAGUUAGCCGACUCUUUUGAGCUGGCUCGUUCUAUUUGCAGCCAGUUCUGCCAUAGUGACACAGCUAGAGCCAAAUUAAAAGCAAUCCAAUUGCACCACAACCUCAAGCAGCGGCCGCUCAUGCCAGAUUCUCCUACUAACUGGAAAAGUACGUUGCGCAUGUUAAAGCACUUCUGUGAGCAGAAGCUGGCAGUAAAUGAGUAUCUGAAAGUGACAGGUGGAAGUUUGGUCAGCCCAGAGCAAUGGUUAGUGCUCAGAGAUGCAGCUAAUGUGCUGCAGCCUGUGGAAGAAGUUGUUCGCCUUCUGAGCAUGGAUUCAGCCAUGCUGGGACAGGUCCUUCCCCUGCUCUGCUUUGCUGAGAAGAUGCUACAGAGCACAUUGGAAAGAUCCGAGGGAGGCAGUCCUGCACAUUGGCUUUCAGCCCACCUCCUUUCAAAGCUUAACUCAAGCAGCCAUGUAACUGCUGUAAAAGGAGACCUCACAUACUGGACUGCAAGUUUCUUGGACCCUCGUUUCAGGGACACCUUUUGCAGUUACAUCGGCAGUGAUCAAGUGACGGCAGAGCAAAAGCUCAAUGAAGUAAAGAGGCACCUCAUCAUGAAAAUAGGCGAAACUUAUAAAGGCUCUACAAAAUCAUUAUACGCAGCUAAUACUGAGAAGUUGCCGUGCCAAGAUGAAAGUGCCCCAUCACUCGAUGAGGACUUUUCACUGUGGCUUACAAAUGCCGAGCAGAUGGGGCUCACCAGAUCCAAGGUGGAAGUUUCUUCAGACUGCGCAAACAUAGAGGAAGCAGCAACUGCCAAGUUUGAACUUGAGGCAUACAUGCAAGACAACAUUGCCGAUUUCUCAGCACCCAUGAGUGAUCCGGCACUGUAUUGGCAGACAAAGCGAAUGAUUUGGCCUUCUUUGUACUCUGUAGCAGUUACAUACCUGGCAUGCCCCCCGACCAAUACAUACUCAGAAAGAAUGUUUGAAAAAUACGGUGCUGUUACUACUGAAGGUAGGCAGAGUAUCUGUGCCAAUACUCUGAGCUUAUUGUGUUUCAUACGAAUGAAUCACAACUGGGUGCCAAAGGACGUUUCAGAUGCGCCGGCUAAUGUUAUCAACUCUUUACGCAAUGCCAUGGACAGAGGCAACACUGAUCAGAAUAUUGACUCUCAUUUUGUAGGUGCAGAUAGUCAAGUGCUACUGAAAAGAGUUCUUUUCCAGGAAUAAAGUCAUCACUAACAGGUUACAAAGUUAUCCACUGUUAGGCAACAGCA